AUGGUUCUCGCCCCCGUGGAGGAGCUGUGUGCCGCCCUGGCGCAGGCCUUUGAGGCGGAGCGGGAGCUUGGGUACGAGAUCAACUACCGCGACCAGCCCCCCGACUCCUUCCAGCGCCUGGACAGCCGAGUCCGCGGGGCGCUGCAGCAGGCCUUCAAGACAGGCGACCUUGCGGCCUUCCAAGCGGGAGGCUACAUCAAUUUCAGUUCCGACCACUACACUCGCAAUCUGGUGGCUGCCAGCGACGACUACGAGCUCAUGGUGCUUUGCUGGCGCAAGGGCCAGGGCAGCCGCGUGCACAACCACGCCGCCGCCCACGGAUGGGUGACGGUGCUGGGCGGGCGCGUGGAGGAGACGAGGUACUCGAACCCAAGGGCGGGAAUGGAGGAUGACAGCGUGCCCACCAGCCCCCGCGAGGGACCCGCCGUGCCGCCGCCGCUACCGGGCGUCCUCGGCGCCGUCACGCCGUGCCCCCAGCUGCGGGAGACGGGGCGUGGCGUGGCAGGCCCCGGCAGCAUCCUGUACAUCAACGACGGCCAGGCGCUGCACGCGGUGCGGUGUGCCGACGACACCGACCUGGAGGAGGGCGCCGUCACGCUGCACCUGUACGCGCCGCCCGUGAGGCGCGUCUUCCUGUACGAGCCCGACCAGGACCGCGUGGUGCAGCGCGUGCCUGGCUUCUUCUCCCGCGGCGGCGUGCGCGUCGCAGAGCCCUGA